CUACUUCCCCUGCUGCCUCAUCCAACACGCGUCUUCUCCUCUGUUCCAUCCAUGUCCUCCAUCUAUAGACACACUUCCCUCACAUGCAUCUCACCCCGUAAAGUGACAGACAUGUUAAAUUGCGCCACCUUUAUCAUUGAUCCCCCUCUUCGUCGCUCCGGCGACACCACUCUCACACUCGAUGCGUUCAGCGUGCACUUUCCUUGAGAAUCCACCACUUUCAGGUUGCUCUUAUUAUGCUGCUUGUUCUAUGUCAAAUGAUGCACAAUUGGUAUUUUGUCCAUAUAAGUAUAUAACUACAUCAUUAAUCCAGUCAUUCGGGCAGCAAUGGAUGAGGAUAUUAAAGGAGCCAUAGUUAUUCUUGACGAAGCUCAGUGAGCUGUUCUUCUCUUUCUAUUUAAUUGCCAAGUCAAUGAAACAGUUCUAAAAGUCCAGUUAAAUUGAAUUUGCUUUAUUUUAUUUUUUUAGAUAAUAUAUGGAUUCCGGAUGUCUUUCACAAACCAUCAGUUGUAUGCAAUCCAAUGUAAAGCUGAAUGAAAAAUUUGUAUAGUUUGGUAGUAGUUUAUUCCUGUUUUUUUCUAUGAAAUGAUCCUCGCAUGCUUACACUUUGCAGCAAUAUAGAGGACAUUGCUCGUGAUGUUGGCAGUGUGGAUAUUGAAGAAGAUGUUUUGGAUAGUAUGUUAUGAACCUUACAGCUUUUAUUUUUAUUGUCUCUAAUAAUUAUAGCUUUUGUUUUCAUUGUUACUAAUAAUGAUGCUUAACUAUAUGGCCAUACCUUUGAAAGAACUACAAGUGGAGCUCCAGCAACUUUGUUCUAUUAAUGCUGCAAUUUACCAACCACUAUAUGAAAUGACACACCUAAUAGGAUUAUAUAUUGGGUUUGAAAUGUUUGACUUAUAAGUUUAUCCUCAGUGACGGUAUAUUUGUAGUGAGUGCUGCAUUUGUGCAGGACCUUACUAGUUGGAUGGAACAAAAGAAAAACAAGCUAGAAAAACGUGAUUUUCAGCACUAUGUGUUGGACUGGUGAUAAGGCUUUAAGAGAGCUUGAAGAAGCAAAUAUUUCAAAACAGUGUUUCCCUAUCUUGCUAGAAUGUGCUACCAAGGCAAUCAAAGUUGCUACAGACUCGGAGACAGAUACUGCAAAUAAGUGCCAUGUCAGUGAUAACUUUGGAAGGUCUGGGGUUAUUGUUUUUAUGUGUGACUAGGCUCAAAAUAUUUGUUACUACCAAUGAUAUUUAUUGAUCUCAUUUCAGGCUUAUUCUCACCACUAACUUAUUUCUUCUCAAGAAAUGGAUCUCACAUGUUGGAUUACCAGCUUGCUCUUCAGCGAUGCGUUAGAAACGAUACUGAUGAACGCUUUCGGGAAGAAAGAAAUAGGGCAUUCAUUUCAAAGUGGCUAAGAAGACCGUUGAGAGUAUAUGAAAACUUUGAUUUGUCAUUGGAGGGACUAAAAUCUUUCUUUGAGAAUGCCAAGGAACAUUAUGGCAUAAAUACAGUACGUGCCACACAGAGUUUGGGUUUAAAUGGGGAUGUCGUCCAAAACAAGGAUCAGAAUGCAUGGUUCACAAGAAAGAAAAAACAGAAGCUGAACAAGUCUGGUAAUGGAGAUGGGAGAGAAACAUCAGUGAUUGAGAAUAACAUCUCUUUUCCCACACUAACCUCUCCAGAUCUUAUUGAGAGUCAGCCAUCAGCUCAAAAGAAUAGUAACACAUACAAUUGUAAAUAUCUCCCUCAAUGCAGUAAUCAGACAGAGCCAAGGUAACUUUUUUUCCCAUCAUUUUGUUGUAAUUGGUAUGGUUAUUUUUAGUAACAAAACAUUUAAACCCAAUAAUGAACUCUUCUUGUCAUCUCGAAAUACAUGAGUAGAGAGAAUACGUUACAAGUGAUUGGAGAAUUGACUUUGGUGUAAUGUACUCUUAAAAUUACACAUUUGAUGUCGUCCUAAUAUUUCUUAAAAUUA